UUUGAAAAAACAAAAACAAAAAACCUUUGUCUUUGCUUCCAGUUUUGACUCCUUUGCUUCCUAUAUCAGCGCUGAUGUGGCGGCACUGUCUGAGUGGUGACACCUAUCGUACAGCAGAAUACAAUAAAGGCUAUUCUAUUCUAUUCUAUUCUAUUCUAUACUGCACCUUAACAGCGAGCAUAAAUAGAAGUGACUGUGUGAUGAUGUUGCAGCAGCAUGCAAAGCACAGUCGGCAGUCCAAAGAUCUGCAUGGGGUUAGGUUAAUUGGUGCUUCUAAAUCGGUCAUAGGUGUGAGCAUGAACGAUUGUCUCUCACUCUGUGUUGGCCCCGUGAGAGAGACCUGCCCAGGCUGUGCCCGACCUUUUACCCUAUGACAGCUGGGACAGGCUCCAGCCCCACUGUGAUCCUAAACUGGCUAACCGGAAACGGAUGGAUGGGAAAGACAUGAUGUUUUUGUACAUAUUGGUCCCAAUUAGAGUCAUGUUGUGUCUGGUGUCAAAACACCAAGAUGCUGACGGCUGAAAAGCACUCAGCUUGAGGCUUCACACACGUCACAGUGGUUAGGGUCGUCUUACAUCUACAGCCUAUUCACAGGACACAAACACAAACUGUUAUUUCAUGUCACUUAACCAAGUGCACUUUUACGCGUUGCGUGCCCGCUUAAAGGUUAUGAAAUGCACUGCAUCUUCUUGUUACGCUGCACAGAUGAAGUUUAGUAAGUCACAACGCUGACGUGUUCGCAGGGGACGUUUUCAUUACCAAUUUGCCACACUUGUGCGAAGUGACAGUGAGAGUUACACAAACUCGAGCAACUUUUACGUAAUGAGAAAAGAGAGAACGCCUGCGAGACACGACACCCACAUGACUCAUUAUCAGCUUGUUCACACACCGUACCGACCGCGUUACCUUUGGAAUUAACUUGUUGCCGGUUAUCCGUGGGAGCUGUUGACAGUGAAGGGCAAAUAUAGAUCUAUUGGCAUCCUCGUGUCCUUUAACAUGAUGUUAUGGAUGAUGUUCUGCUCCCGAAUGCCAGCAAAGCCUGAGGGCCACCCAGAGCUCAGUCUGGAUGGAGAGCACAACAGCAAAAACCAGCAGCGGCGUUAAUGUGACAGCCAGUAGCAGCUGUUAAGGUGGAGAGGUGAGACUGAAAAAAGCCAAAUGAGGUCCUUUUUGCUAAUGAGGCCUAGGCAUUUCUCUCUGUCUCUCUCUCUGUCUCUCUCUCUUUCAGCUGCAACAGUGUUAUCGGUAUGCACCUCGUUCUGCUUCCUCUCAGUUCCACAGCAGCUCCAAGGAUUCAGCCUCAAACAUAGCAAUUCAGCUAAAACACUACUCAAAUACCACUGGUGUGCCAGCAGUCAAUUCCAGCAUUUUUUUUCCCUUCAGAAUGGAGCAGAAUUAAUGAAUAUCAAAAUGCGUGGCUUAAAACAUGCAGACUUUGUUUUCCUCGCAGUAGAAUUAAUGCGGCUGUUAUCUCUGCUGUAUGCGUUACCAUUUCAGCUCUUCACCUGCUGUUUAGGGCUCCUAAACACUCUGUUGGAAAUUAGUUGUGUUCAUUGACGCUGACAAACCGAUCAAUAUGGUGAACUAUUUCUUAAACAAACGCAGACAGGUCUUAAGUUAAUUGUCGAGUCAAUCGAUGAGGGGUAAUCUCACCUUUUCUGUUUAACGAAAUAGGCCGCGGAUGUCAACGCUUAGACAAGCCCGUCAGACGGAGCUCGGCGACGAGCUCAGCCGAGCAUUUGGUGGGAGUAGGGAAAUGAAUGGAAGUAGGCCACUGAAUGCAGCAAAGCAUCGUAGCGGGCAUUUGAAUUUCAAGGCGGCGCGUUAAAUCAAGUUAAGCAGGAGACAAAAACAAAAACAUUGACUACAGCUUUUCAGAAAUUUGCAGUGUGUGCAGCAUCUGCAGUUGAUCCUGGGAUUUUCCUUAACUUCAGCUGUUGUAUAUUGACUCCUGGCAGUGCUGAAAACUAUAAGGAAAGAGAUGUGCUUCUACUUCUGAUUUAAAAACAAAAAACAGAGAGACAGAGCUUUAGAGGGAAACUUUUAAUGCUCCUCUUUGCAAAAGCUGGCCACUGCAGUCAGCUCUAGCAAAGGAAAUUUGUCUUUCCAGACUGAUAUUAUGUUCUAUUUUCAAAUCAAAUUUUCCUUUUGUACAGCUGACCGGGAUUCAUUUAAGAAAAAAAAAAAAUCUAGACAUUGAUCCUGAUUCUCCCUAAGAGGAGCGAGAGCUUACGAGUGCCAGAUUCAAGUUGUUGGGGUUUUUUUUUGUGACCAUUUUUCUUUUACUUUAUCACCGCUGAGCCCGAUUGAUGCAGGGAAGUGUUACAGUAUGAAGCAGUAUCGAUUUCCUAAAACGGCCCCAUGAAUGCUCCCUGUCCUGAUGAUCCAAUUCACUGAUCCUGCAGGCUUGCAUCACACUCGGCGGGGUGUUCGACAGACAUGAUGAAGCAGUGCUCUGAAGUGAAUUUCUUGCCCUGUUCUCGAGGCUAAAUGAGACAAAAGCCACACCUUGGAUAAAAAGUGACAAAAUGCCGAGCACAUAACCCCAGUUUAAUUUUCUCUUUCCAGAUGGACUGGCUCACACCUGAGAUGUGAAGUGUGUUAUGUGAGCCAAGGUGUUUUCCCACCUCGCUGGUGGUGGGGAGAGAUGCUGCACUCCGUUGCCAUGACAGCAGAAGUUCUCUUUGUUCUUGGGUUCCUGAUGAUGAGCGGCGCUCUGUGUAAUCCUAUCGCAACCUUACCGGUGAGCCAAGAGCGUCUGGAAAGGGUGUUGACCCAAGCUAGGGAGGACAAACAUCAGGACAAGCAGACUGCAGAGGAGCCGCUGGGAUACAUGGCCCAGGAACAGCCGCAGGAAAUCAAUGCUGUAGGGCCCAACAGGACUGCCAGGUCAAACCUCAGCUCUCAGGCACGAGGAUCUAAAGGCGAGAAUUCCCAGGAGCUGUGGAGCGAACAGGACAGCCUGAACCAAAUAGACGAAGCUCCGACCAGUGACGUCACCCUCUCCCUGGACGCCAUCGACGAGUACGCGUACCCAGACUACAGGGGGAAAGGCUGCAUGGAUGAGAGCGGCUUUGUUUUUGCCAUCGGCGAGCAGUUCACCCCGGGCCCUUCAACGUGCCCUUGCCUCUGCACAGAUGAAGGCCCUCUGUGCUCCAAGCCAGAAUGUCCCAAGGUCCACCCUCGCUGCAUCAAAGUGGACACUAGCCAGUGCUGCCCGCAGUGCAAGGAGAAAAAGAACUACUGUGAGUUUCGGGGCAAGAUCUAUGCUUCGCUAGAAGAGUUUAAGGUGUCUCCGUGUGAGAAGUGCAGGUGUGAGCCGAGCGGAGAGGUGCUGUGCUCUGUGGCAGCCUGCCCACAGACAGAGUGCGUGGACCCGGAGUACGAGCCGGAUCAGUGCUGUCCCAUCUGCAAGGGUGGGCCAAACUGCUACGCAGACACGGCGGUGAUACCGGCUGGCCGAGAGGUGAAGAUCGAUGAGUGCACAAUCUGCUACUGCACAUACGAGGAAGGCACGUGGCAGAUUGAGCGUCAAGCCACCUGCAGUAAGAACGAGUGCCAGCGGAGCUAGAGACUGGCACGGCGACGAGAGAGGGACAUUGGCACGCAACACCAGUGCCGAGCCGCAUGCACACUCUCAGCCUUUCACCCAGUCUACCGGGCAUCAGGGUCGGACAGCACCCCUCAAGCAUUUCAGCAUUAAUACUGUAGUCACUCCUGUAUUACUGAAAUGAUGCUUUUAUGAAAGUUUAUAAUCCACACACAGAAUAUCUAUUUAUCUAUGUAUUAAAUUAUUUAUGAAUAUAUAUACGAAAUAUAGGAGUCAUUAAUGCUGAAACAGUGGAAGACUAUUUUUUAUAGUAUCUGUAUUUUAUUAAGCAAUGUAUUGGACCAGAGGUCAAUAAAACAACAGAAUGUAUAGAACACACACAGCUGUCUUUGGAGGUGCAAGCCUCAACGUCUCUUAACCCGCGGUGUCAUCCGACAAAUCUCGACACCCGUCCCUCUACCACCAAAGUGCAGACUAGACUGUGCACGAUUCAUUUUGCAGUGCCAGGGUGCAGACUUGCUGUGUAGGGCAGUGCAGUGCAGAGUUACAGGCGAACAACAACGAAGAAAGACGAGUAAAUUCACGAGGACUCGACUGUUUCCUGAUUUCUUUUAUCCUUUUUUUCUGGAUGUUCAAAUGUGCUUUGAUUUGAAAGUGCUUUUUUUGUAUUUCUCUCGGUACAGUGUGUUCAUGUUUCAAA